AUGCCUACCCACAAUGUGUGCCGAUGCUUCCUUUGUCGGAAGCUGGCAACCGCGAGGUCCGUUCUGACAGACUUCACCAUCAACGCCGUGGCUUUAGAUCUCUUGUUGGCUCGCUUCGGCAAGAGUGGUCUGCCGCAGUUAUGCUUCACGUGCUCCAACAUUUUUCGGGCAGCUUUGUCAAAGCUGGAUUCGGUCAUGGAAUCGCCACUUGCGCAGCACAUGGUCUUGACGGCACAGGCAUUUGCAAAUCGCGACCUUUGGAGAGGCAUUCCGGAUGUGGGGGGCCGACAACACACCGGCUUGCUAUUCUCCUCGACCUGCAAGUGGGAACCUGUGCUCGGCCGCACCGCCCGGACGGCCCGGCGAGCUGUACAUAAAGUCGUACCGAACCAGAAGUUCCAGGCUUUGUCGGACAAUUACAAAGUCGCCACAAAAGCAAACAAGAGAAAAGGAAAGAAAACGUCCACGACGACGACACCGGUUUGUAGUUUGGAGGCACUUAUCUCCACCACAACUGCCUUCGCUGCACCCUUUUUCGAACUGAUGGUGCAGGCUCUGGAGUUUGACAGCGCCACCAAGUCGAACGCCGUGGGCCUCUUAUCGGCGAACUGGGCCACGGCGCACGGAGGCGGCCGGGUUAUCAAUGGUGUUCUGUUCGGCGGCGCACAUAUCGUGGCGGAAGAUAUUUCUGACCUUCGCCGCUCCAACGACAAAAUUCUUGGGUCGCACUACGCGUCUGCACGUGCCAAUGAGGUCUUUGGGUGCCUACUUUGCUUCAGCUGCUUUGGAGAUGCAAUACUGCAGACAAGUUGCCAGCCACCCCAGUCCAGUGACAAAGAUUUCAUUCUCGUCGACCCAGAUGCAUCGUUUUGGCGCUCAAUGCGGCAUAAUUUCCAAUCGGACCCUGCAAGAUUGCAGCGGUUCCUUUUCAAACUAUGCGAGCUUCGAAAGGCCAGCAUGGGCACCCGCAAGAACUUCCGAGCAGAUUGGCAAUGCCCGCAAAAGCGGGCCAGGUGGUUGGCCCAGAACACCGAGCACAUCUGUCCAUGCUGGAAACGAAGCAGCGAUGAGCAUCUCCCUCCGUUUGCAACAGUCGACUGGAAGACAGGCGGCGUGGAAACAGCCAUGCAAAUCCGAGAAGAGGCUUUGGCCCAUGCAAACAACACGCGCAAGUCCGGCUAUGUUCUCAGUUCGGAAGAAUUCGGCGAAGCUAUGGCCCGUUGGCGGCAGCGUUGGGAAGCGGAUCAAGGCGAAGGGAAACGAAGCCGCGAUGCUUUCCAUAGUUUCGUGCACACGUGCUUAGGGCACCGCACACUGGCCCGUGCCAUCGUCCAAUUUGGUUUCUCAUCGCGGCAGCAGCUCAUCACAGCUUUGCGCCGUGCCGAGGAUUGGUGCGUGGCACAGCGGACAGCACAAACGGGCAACCCAAUGUCGCUGUUGGAAACGUAUUUCAGGUACCGCUGGUACGGCUGA